AUGCGUAUCGUAUGUAUUGGAGCAGCGCCGACGGGCUUGGGAGCAGCUUAUCGCCUCAAUGAACUUAUUCAGGAAAAGAAUAUCAACGCUAGCGAUGUCGAGAUGGUUAUCUUUGAAAAGGAGUCUUAUGCUGGUGGUCUGUCGUGUACAGUUGAGGACGAACAGGGCUUUCUAUGGGACAUGGGCGGUCACAUCACUUUUAACCACAAUUUUCCGUACUACGAAAAAGCCGUCAAAUGGGCUGUUGACGAGUGGAACAGCCUACAAAGAAACUGCAUGGUUGAUAUGAACUACCUCUACGACAAAGCAGGCAUCCACCUUGUUCCAUAUCCAGCUCAAUUUGCUGUACCACUUUUUCCUGAAGACGUGAAACAGAGCUGUCUGAGAGAUUUGAAAGAACGCUACGAUCGAUACGGAGAGGUGAGUCAAUCGAGGCAACACCAACCAUCUGUGACACCGGAUGGUAACAAGUACUGGUCGCUGAUGUGUGAAUGCGCACGACCCAUCGAUGAUCCAAUAACGGAAGAGGAGGUUGUCAAACAAGCAAUUGAUGGAUUGGUCAUCAAGAGCAUGAUUCAACGAGACAAAAUUGUUUCAGUUUACUCGACUACCUUGGAAUACGGAUAUCCCAUUCCUACUCCAGCCCGAGACCCUGAGCUCGCUCGUGCACAUCGUGAGUUGGAAAAGCACUCCAUCUAUUCAAGAGGACGUUUCGGUGGUUGGAAGUACGAGGUGUCAAAUCAGGUGGGCUGUUCACAACAGUUCUUCACUAACUUUAGAACAGCUCCACAACUUUUCUUCAAAAGCUCCGUGACUGAACAUAAACCGAGAAAUAUUGCCCACUGA